GCAGCGGAGAGGGAGAAGCCGAGAGCGCAGUCGAGCGACCGUCCGGCUCUGUGGUGGCGAGUGAGAGAGCGAGAGCGAGAGCACGAGUUCGAUGCUCGGUGUCGUAGGUAGAAGCAGCAGCAGCAGCAGCAGCAGCAGCAGCAGCAGCUAGAACGAAAGGGCUGAAAGAGAGGACACGAAAGUGCUCGAGAACAAGUGUCCAAAGUGUACCGUGUGCGCUGCUCUGCCGCCGAUGAAGGAGCUGCCGACUAGCAGCACGUCCACGUAAGCGACGGGGCGCGCGCGCGCGCGCCAGUCCCCCUCCGGACACGUAUACGCCAGUGCUACUCUCUACGCUCGAGUCGCCGCCGUCGCCGUAGUUUGGGAUUAUGCUAAGACGGAGGCCGUCGCUCUACAGCGGAGGUUGAGUUCUGCGGAAAAGCUGCCGCGAGUGGCCCGCGGCUUCGGCGCUUCCUCGCCGAGGAGGAAGAGGCGACGAAAAACAGAAGCAGAAGAGGAAGAAGUAGUUAGCAGGAGCGAGCGAAAGAGAGAGGGACGGGGGAGGAUAGCCGAGGAAGAAGCAGCAGAAGAGGGACGCCCUCGACGUCUCUCCGUCUGCGUGUCUAUGCGCGAGUGUGCGUCGGCAGCAGCCAGUAGAGAGGAGCUGGCCGUAGUAGCCCCAGAAGCAGAAGCAGAACAAGAAGACGAGGAGGAGGAGGAGGAGGAGGAAGAAGAAGAGAGAGGGAGAGAAAGUUUAGUUGAAGGAGGCCAUCUCUGUCUCUCUCUCUCUUUCCCGCAGCGAAUCGCCGUCGUCAACAACAACAGCAGCAGAAGCAGCAGAAGCAGCAGAAGCAGCAGAAGCAGCAGCGGCAGCAAGGAUCCUCGUCACAGCGUCGACGUCGUCUGCUCUACAUCAGUGUCUGUGUGCGUGAGUGUGCGCGCGUGUGCGGUGCCCACAUAACACACAGUGCGCGAGGCAAGCCGGAAGAGGAGAGGAGCCAGCGGAAGCAGCGGGUGUCACUGCACGGUGGAUCGCCAGCAGGGCAGAGGCUCGAACGCAUGUAGGAACAUGGCCUCAUCCAGCCCCUGCCUCCCACUAGAGGUUGGCAGCGCAACAGGCGGCACAAAGGGACUCUGGAUACACGAGUCAGUACAGGAGAAGGCAGAGGUGGACCGGAGUGAGCGGUCUCGGUGACUGGGUUGGCGUUGGAGGGGAGGUAUCAGGUCAAGCGAUGGCGCCAGGCCGGGAUCAGGGUGGAGGGACGGGGGACGGCGGGGGCAAGGGCCCCUCGUCCCUGUUCAUACUGAGCGAGGAUAACUGCAUAAGGAAGCACACGAGGUUCAUAAUCGAGUGGCCGCCCUUCGAAUACGCCGUCCUCCUCACCAUCAUCGCCAACUGCGUGGUUCUCGCCCUCGAGGAACAUCUGCCAUGCCACGACAAGACCACCCUCGCCAAGAAGCUCGAGACAACCGAGAUCUACUUCCUCGGCAUAUUCUGCGUCGAGGCGAGCCUCAAGAUCUUGGCCCUCGGCUUCGUCCUCCAUCGCGGCUCCUAUCUCCGCAACAUCUGGAACAUCAUGGAUUUCUUCGUCGUCGUCACCGGGUUCAUCACGGCGUUCCCGCAAGGCAUAAACCUGGAUAUGGAUCUGCGCACGUUGCGCGCGAUACGCGUGUUGCGACCGCUCAAACUAGUCUCCGGCAUACCAAGUCUCCAGGUGGUGCUCAAGUCGAUCAUCAAGGCGAUGGCUCCGCUCUUGCAGAUCGGCUUGCUCGUCCUGUUCGCCAUUGUGAUAUUCGCCAUCAUCGGCCUCGAGUUUUAUUCGGGGACCCUGCACAAGACGUGUUACAGCAUAGAGAAUGCCGAGCAAAUCGUUAAGGACGGCGAGCAGCCAAAUCCGUGCAACACGGACAACCAAGACGAGGCGCCGAUGGGUGCCCAUGUGUGCAACGCUAAUACCUCGAAGUGCUCCGAUCGCUGGGAGGGACCAAACAGCGGCAUCACCAGCUUCGACAACAUCGGCUUCGCCAUGCUCACCGUCUUCCAGUGCAUCACCAUGGAGGGCUGGACUGCCAUAUUGUACUGGACGAAUGACGCUCUUGGUAGUACGUUCAACUGGAUUUACUUUAUACCACUGAUCGUCAUCGGGUCUUUCUUCAUGCUGAACUUAGUUCUCGGUGUGUUGUCUGGAGAAUUUGCGAAGGAGAGGGAGAAGGUGGAGAACCGACAAACCUUUCUCAAAAUGCGAAGACACCAGCAGCUUGAGCGCGAGCUAAACGGCUACGUCGAGUGGAUCUGCAAAGCAGAGGAAGUUAUACUCGCGGAGGAGCGCACGACGGAGGAGGAAAAAAUGCACAUUAUGGAAGCGAGGAGAAGAGCGGCGGCGAAGAGAAAAAAGCUGAAAAAUCUCGGAAAGAGCAAGAGCACCGACACCGAGGAGGAGGACGCGGAGGACGAUCAGGAAGAUGAUGAUCCUCUUGUUUCAGAGCCUAAGAAAAAACUGAAAGGAUUCGGAAGAGCUUCCUACCUCAAGUCGAAGGUGAAGAACCAAGGCGCCUGCGCGGAAUUCUGGCGCAACGAGAAGAGGUUUCGCUUCUGGAUCAGGCACACGGUCAAGACGCAGUGGUUCUACUGGUUCGUCAUCAUCCUCGUGUUUUUCAAUACCGUCUGCGUAGCCGUCGAGCAUUACGGUCAGCCCGAAUGGCUCACAGAUUUUCUUUUUUACACCGAGUUCGUGUUCCUGGGCCUCUUCAUGUGCGAGAUGGUGAUAAAGAUGUACGCCCUCGGACCGCGCAUAUACUUCGAGUCGAGCUUCAACCGGUUCGACUGCGUCGUCAUCUCGGGCUCGAUAUUCGAGGUGAUCUGGUCGGCGGUCAAGUCCGGCUCAUUCGGCCUCUCCGUCCUACGUGCCCUUCGACUCCUGAGGAUUUUCAAAGUGACCAAGUACUGGUCGAGUUUGAGGAAUCUCGUCAUUUCCCUGCUCAACUCAAUGCGCAGCAUCAUUUCGCUCCUCUUCCUGCUCUUCCUCUUUAUUCUCAUAUUCGCCCUACUCGGCAUGCAGCUGUUCGGCGGUCAAUUCAACUUCGAGACAGGCACGCCGCCCACGAACUUCAACACCUUUCCCAUCGCACUUCUCACUGUCUUCCAAAUAUUGACUGGCGAAGAUUGGAACGAAGUCAUGUACCAAGGUAUCCAAUCUCAAGGUGGUCACAAAAAGGGCAUGAUCUAUUCCCUUUACUUCAUCGUCCUGGUGCUCUUCGGCAACUACACACUGCUAAACGUCUUCUUGGCUAUCGCCGUCGAUAAUUUGGCGAACGCUCAAGAACUGACAGCGGCCGAAGAGGAACAGGAGGAAGAAGACAAGGAGAAGCAGAUUCAGGAGCUCGAGAAAGAGAUGGAGUCCUUGCAAAAGCCCAGCGAUGGUAGCGCACCAAAGGUGGAAAUAAGUCCUCCAAGUCCAACGGCAAAUUUCAAAGGUGGCAAGGGCGGCAAGCAAGCGUCUGAAGAGAAGAAGCAAGACGAUGAAGAUGAUUCGGGACCAAAACCAAUGCUGCCAUACUCGUCUAUGUUUAUAUUGUCCCCUACAAACCCCGUGAGGAGAGGCGCGCACUGGGUCGUCAAUCUACGAUACUUUGAUUUCUUCAUUAUGGUCGUCAUCUCGUUAUCGAGUAUAGCGUUAGCAGCGGAGGAUCCGGUGAACGACUCGAAUCCCCGGAACACCAUACUGAACUACUUCGACUACGCGUUCACGGGUGUCUUCACCAUCGAGAUGAUCCUGAAGAUCAUCGAUCUCGGGGUGAUACUCCAUCCGGGCUCGUAUCUCCGCGAGUUCUGGAACUUCAUGGACGCUAUCGUAGUGGUGUGCGCCGCGGUCUCGUUCACUUUCGACAUGAUGAGCGGCGGUGAAGGUGGCGGUUCCGCGUCCAAGAACCUCUCGACUAUUAAAUCGCUGCGUGUGCUUCGAGUACUCAGACCCCUCAAGACUAUUAAACGAGUGCCGAAGCUCAAAGCGGUAUUCGAUUGUGUGGUGAACAGUUUGAAAAACGUCAUCAACAUUCUCAUAGUGUAUAUAUUGUUUCAAUUCAUCUUCGCUGUAAUUGCGGUGCAGCUAUUCAACGGCAAGUUCUUCUACUGCACAGACGAUAGCAAGUACACGAAAGAGGACUGCCAGGGCUGGUUUUUCCAAUUCGAAGAAGGCGAACUGCAUCCCGAAGCGAAAGAAAGAAAAUGGGAAUCGCAAUCCUUUCAUUACGACAACGUCAUGGUAGCGAUGCUGACGUUGUUCGCUGUACAGACGGGGGAGGGGUGGCCACAAGUCCUACAAAAUUCCAUGGCUGCCACUUACGAGAAUAAGGGUCCCAUACAAAAUUUUCGUAUUGAAAUGUCCAUAUUCUACAUAGUCUACUUCAUCGUCUUUCCAUUCUUCUUCGUCAACAUCUUCGUGGCCUUGAUUAUCAUCACUUUCCAGGAGCAAGGCGAAGCCGAGCUACAGGAUGGGGAAAUUGAUAAAAAUCAGAAAUCUUGUAUAGACUUUACGAUACAGGCUAGACCGCUUGAAAGGUACAUGCCAAAAGAGCGGAACAGCAUGAAGUACAAAAUUUGGAGGAUAGUCAUGUCGACGCCCUUCGAGUACUUCAUCAUGAUACUUAUCGUUCUUAAUACACUUUUACUCAUGAUGAAGUACCACAAGCAGAGCGACGUGUACAAGAACACACUAAAGUACAUGAACAUGUGCUUCACGGGGAUGUUCACCGUCGAGUGCAUUAUGAAGAUCGCCGCGUUCGGCGUCAGGUAUCACGACGCGCCGCCAGUUCUAUUGGACAGCUUGACCUACGUGAACUUGGUCGUCACCCUCCUUUUCUUCAUUGAGUGCAUCCUUAAACUCGUCGCCUUCGGAUGCAAGAACUUCUUCAAGGAUCCCUGGAACACGUUUGACUUUAUCACGGUCAUCGGUAGCAUCGUGGACGCGCUAGUCAUCGAAUUCGGGGAUAGCAUAGCACGUAUUUUUCAAAACGAGAAAGAGAACGUGCGACGGGAGAACUUCAUCAACGUCGGCUUCCUCAGGCUCUUUCGUGCGGCCAGGCUGAUCAAGCUGCUCAGACAAGGUUACACCAUACGGAUAUUACUUUGGACGUUCGUUCAAUCAUUUAAGGCUCUGCCUUACGUAUGUUUACUCAUAGCGAUGCUCUUCUUCAUUUACGCAAUCAUCGGCAUGCAGGUGUUCGGUAACAUCGCCUUGGUGGAGAAAAACUCGAUCAACAAGCACAAUAAUUUUCAGAGUUUUAUUCAAGGUCUGAUGUUACUAUUUCGAUGCGCGACGGGCGAGGCGUGGCCGAACAUCAUGCUGGCAUGCAUAGCGGACCAGCCGUGCGAUCCGCGCUCGAAGGAGACAGGCGACAAAUGCGGCUCGAACCUCGCCUACGCUUACUUCGUCAGCUUCAUCUUCUUCUGCUCAUUCCUCAUGCUCAAUCUCUUCGUCGCCGUCAUUAUGGACAACUUCGACUACCUGACGCGCGACUCGUCGAUUCUCGGCGCCCAUCAUCUCGACGAGUUCGUCAGGAUAUGGGCCGAGUACGAUCCCAACGCCACGGGUAAGAUCCACUACACCGAGAUGUACGACAUGCUGAAGAACAUGGAUCCGCCGCUGGGCUUCGGUAACAAGUGUCCGAAUAGGCUGGCCUACAAGAAACUGAUAAGAAUGAACAUGCCCGUCGAUGUGGACGGGAAGGUCAACUUUACCACGACGUUGUUCGCGCUUAUCAGGGAAAAUCUCAGCAUAAAGAUGAGAAACGCGGAUGAAAUGGACCAAGCCGACGAAGAACUGAGGGAUACCAUAAGAAACAUUUGGCCUCUACAGGCUAAGAAAUUGUUAGAUCUAUUGGUACCCAGGGCAGAAGCCGUGAAAAAAGAGAAGCUUACGGUGGGUAAGAUUUACGCCGGACUGCUGAUCCUUGAGAGUUGGAAGGCCACGAGAUUUGGCCAGAAGGAGUCGACUCAGAACGAUAACGAUCUUAUCGAUAACGAUAAUGCCGGGCAAAGUGCUGCGGCCACGGCGCGCUCGGCCUUCUUGGAGGCGUUGCUGGACGCGGCCGCGGUGAACCACGCGGGGAAUAACCACCAUCCGAGCAGUCGGACCAACAGCCUGGAACCACCGGGCGCACCCGACCACAAGGAGCAUCAUCACCUGCCCAGAGGCUCGCACGGCGACGAGGAGGAGGGUCCCCUCGGGAUAUUCGCGGCCGCCGAGCAGAGACGUCAGCGUAGCAUCAGGAACAAAAAGAUGGACCUGCAAGACGUCGUGAUCAGCGACUCGAGAGCCGGCAGUCUCGAGAGCCUCACCCACGCGGAGCGACUUCAUCCUCAUCACACAGCGACUCAUCCGGCGAGACAUUCCCGAUCGCCGAGUCUAAGCCGAAUUUGCCUCAGGUCGCCGUCACCUCGACAGCACAGGUACGACCAUCGGCAGCAGCAGUACCACGACGGCUUGGGCUUCAGCGAAACCGUCAACAACGUCGUCGAGAUCCAGAGGCACACGCAUCACGGCUACCCGCGCUACACUCACUCGAGGAGGAUAAGAGACUAUUACGACCACUGCGACUAUUACGACGAUGGUCCGUGGAGUGCCUCGACGUCUCCGGCGCGUUCACCGUCGCCGGUGCACCGAGACCACCUGGACCACCAGCACCACCAGCACCACCGCUACGGCACGACGUCGCUGGAGCAGCGCUCGCGCUCACCUUCGCCGAUGACGGCUAGACGCGGUGGCGGCGGCAUCGGUCCCGGCGGUCACCACCACUACCACCAUCAGCCCCACCAGCACAGCUAUCCGGUCCUGGUGACGAGGCGCACCGGGCGGCGACUGCCACCGACGCCCAACAAGCCCUCGACACUGCAACUCAAGGCUCCGGCGAACAUCAACUUUCCCAAGCUGAAUGCUUCGCCGACCCACGGGCCCCUGGCAGUGCAGGCGGCAGUGGCUGUGGCGGCGCAACAGCCCGGGGCUGUGGUGCCUCCACCCACGAACGGACUUGGCUCGCAGGCGAUGGCCGGAACCUGUCCGCUCAGCUUCGAGCAGGCCGUUGCCAUGGGAAGAGGCGGCAGAAUGCUGCCCAGCCCUGUGCCCAACGGUUACAAGCCACAGACAAAACAGCGAGCGCCGCGUUCCAGGCACUCGGACAGCGACGACGACGACUGGUGCUAGCCCCGGUGGCGCCCGGGACCACACUGCCAUCCGCGAGCGCCCUGCAACACCGAGUCAUCCUCAUCGUCCGUUUCGCUCUAAAGGCGGCGCCCGACCGACGUACACACACACACGCGCGCGCGCGCGCGCGAACACACCCUACACAAUUUCUUGAAAUGUGUAACAAAGAAACAAGAUAAAACAAAACGGAUAAAUAUAAUCACAAGCGCGCGAGUGCAGGCUCGGUUCGGAGGAACGAAGGCGGAGCCGGCGAUAUUCCCGCUCUUUUUUUCCUCUGCGGUAUAGACGUUAUGUAUGCAUUAUAUAUACAUAUAAAUAUAUAAUGAGUAUAAGUAUAAGGAUGUAGAGGGUCAGACAGUGUGAGAAGCAAAGAAAGCUGUUCAGCGUUAUAUAUACUUGAGGCUAAACUUGCGGAAAAAAUUAACAUUGAGAAAACCUCCGACGAGUUCUUUUUUCUAUGUAAACUGAGAGCGGGACUAGCUAAUUAAUCCUAGAAAAGAUUUUAUCACGAGCACGACCGGUUGUACAUACACAUACACGCUGAAGAGUUUUUUUUAUAUUUAAGGUGUAAACAAACAAAAAAAAAUGAAGGAGGAGUUUACGAGAAGAAGCGAUUAUUACAAUGUCGACGUAUUAUUAUUAGUAUUAUAUAUAUAGCGACGCAUCAACUCUUUCAUCGUAACCACUGUACGACACACAGUCGAGGUUUUUCAUAUUUUUUCCAUUUUCGCUGAACGAUAUAUAAGUAUAUAUUAUACACUUGUAAACACAACAAACACAUUGUCGACACAUACGAACAGACGAUAUAACACGUAAUUAAACACACAUACACACAAGUAUAUGAUAAAGUUAUAUGUAAAACAUACUCGGACACGGUGUCACCCCCUUUUUAUACGGAUUAUAAAGAUAAAAAUAAUAAUGAAGAAAGAAAGAAAAUAUCGCAAAAAACUCAUAUUGAUAUGAUGAAAGAAAGUAAAAAGAGUCGGGGAUGCGUCUCUGGUUAGCUUUUUAGGAGCCUAGUACGACUGCAAAUUUAGCGUUGCAUUUCUUGCGUUCCUUCCGAACUGCCAAAAUUAUCAAACCGUAUAAUAGAAGCGAGUCGAGAUAAAUAAGAGAAAAUAUACAGAUGUAAGAGCGAGAAAGAGCGUGUACGAGCAAGUCCACUGCAAGAGUAUAAAUGAUUUUAAAGAAAUAAUAUAUACGAAAGAAUCGAAAAAAAUAAAUAAACACAAAGAGAUACGACGGGUCGAGCCUUCGAACGGAGAAACCGACUGAUACACUAACAAACAGAAUAAAAAAUGAUAACAAAAUUAAAAAAUAGAUAAAAACCCAAGAGUCCACCUUGUAAUGCGAUCACACAAGCAGCCGCGCUGUAUAUGUAACUCAACUCGCGCGCAAGAGACCCGAGGAAAGUCUGAGAAAUAAUUAAAUAGAAAAUUAAUUAUAACUCGAGAAGAAAAAAAAAUAAAAUUUCCCAUCAUCGAGCAUAUGUACCGAGUUGUAGAUGCUAAUCGUAGAAGGCCGAUUUCGCGAUCUUCUUGCAGAAUAUAACAAACGAUAUAGGAGAGAUACCGGAAAUUAAACGAUUACGAGGAAGCAGAAUAAACCACACACCGAGCGCGAGUAUACAUUCGAAGCCAGAAUCGUGAUCGGCUGACGAGGAGCCAAACGAUACUUGGCGCCGUUUGAGAAAAAAAACACACUUUGUAUAUUGCUCAUUACCUAAUACCGAUUUUAUUGUUAUGCUUGCUAAAUAUUAUUGAAUGAGAAGAAAUUUAUUAAAUGUAACAUUGUAAUUAUAAUUGCGAUUAAUACUACCUGUUCAAUAUAGAGAAAGUAAGUGAUGAAAAAGAUGUUAUCCCGCGAGGACAAGAGUAUUAUUGAAAAUUGAAUGUUUCUUUUAUAAGCAGAUAUAUAUAGAUAAUAUGUGCAACUUUGUUUUAAUCCCGCGCGUUCGAGAGUCAGUUCGUUACUAUUACAGAGUUCAAACAGAUUGUAUCUAUAGUUUUUAAAUUUCUUUGCGUGAAUUGUAUUAUACUAUAUACAUAUAUUAUAUUUAUUAUUACGUUUGUUCUUAUGUGCGUGCAUAAUUUUUGCAAAAUGUAUUGUUUAUUACAUGAUAUCAUUUAGCAAUCGUUAUCAUUAUCCAAAUAUUAUUGAAUAAACAAUUGUUUUAGAAGUAUAAAAACAAAUUACGUUCGGGAGAUAUAUCCAAUUAUUUUUAUCUUCAUUGUUUCGUCCGAAAAAAGAGAAAAUAUAAAACAUAUUAUACAUCGCGCCAAACUGAAAUGCGUAAUAUUACAUUAUUAAUUAAUAAAUUCAAAUACAUUACAUAACUGCCAAUGUGUAUAGAGUGUUUGAAUGAUGAAACGACGUAUAUAAAAAAAAAUACAUGAGCAAGAACACGAGACACGAUCACAAAAUAUCCGCAUAAAAUAUACGUGAUAUAUAAUCGUACGGUUGCGUAUAAAUGGAUAUACAAGAUUAUAAUCGAAUAGAAAGACAAGGAAAAAUAAGCGUGUGUUAUUCGUGAAUUCAUUGAUCGAUAUAUCAUUCGUAAGUAGCGUUCAUAAAUAUAUAGAUCGAAAUACUAGAGCUUACUAUUCGCUUUCUUCCGACACUGUUCAUAAAUAUAUAUAAAUAUAUACGAGAUGUUUUCAUUCUCUUUUUGUUUCGUCGCCAAAAAUCUAUCAAUUAUUCUCCAAUUGUACUUAAAAAUCAAAUACUGUAGUUGCUCGCAUUUUGAUUGUUUUCGAUGAUACUAAACUCUGAUGUCUAUAGUAUAUUCUCGCGUUGACUCACAAAUAAUGGUUGUGCAAAUUCAUAUAAUUUUGUUCGAGUAUUAAAAACAAAAAAAAAAUAAAAAAAUUAACAAUCGUUGCAUUGCUAAAGUAUACUACGAUGUUGAGUACGUCGCAACAAAAUAUUCCUCAAAUCGUAUGCAACUAUUCAAAUGUCGGUGCACAAAAGUUAUCAGAACAGAAACUCACCACCGAUUUUCGAGAAUUUGUUGCGGCGUAUUCGUCAAAAACGUUUUAAAAAAAGUCAUAAAAAGCGACAAAAAUGUAAAAAAAAUCCGACGGAACCGAAAAGCCUCGAGAGGAUUUUGCGUCUUUUUAAUCGGGAUCGCGUGGUUUCUUCCCUUAAGUGCUUUAAAACAAAACUCAAUCGUAUAUCUCGUAUUGAAGUAUAUCGUCCGCGUUACUAGACCUUUAAAGAAAAGAGUGUGGCGCACCGGACGUCGUUAAUAUAAUUGAGACGCAGAAGAAUAACAAGGAUCGAAAGCAAGCGCGGGAAGAGGAAAGAAAGAUAUUCGUCUCCCUUUAAGGAACGAAAAAAUGAAGGAGAAAAUAACACAGAGAACAAAAGUACGCGUCUGCUAUAUGACUAUUGAUUAUGUAUUAAAUGAGAGAAGACCGCGAGAGUUAAAAAAAAAGUAUAUAAGGCAGUAGUAGGUUUAAUCGUCAUAAAUUAUAAUGUUUUUCUGUGAUAAAUCCGAGCAUAAUAAAUAUUUAAAAAAAUAAUAAUGAUAAAUAUGAUAAUGCUGAGGAUGAAUAAAAUCUUAGCGAAAAAAACAGUGGACUUGAUCCUGUCCGCGCGGACGUUUAUAAGUAUAUAAUUACAGCCCCGAAAUGUGUUUGUAUGCUGUCGAAAUUACGCGUCACACCUAUACCUGUUACAGAUAUAGAUUUACGAAUGAUGAGAGUAUAUAAAAUAUAUAAAUAUUAAAGAGUAAACCGGGAGCGAGAGUAUGAAAGAGUACGAACGUUGCUAUGACAAAAAAAUUUAUUCGUUACAUAAUAAAUAUACAUUAUAUUACAUUAACUAUUUAGAAGCCGUGUGUCGAUGAACGACAAGAACAAAGCGAAAUUUGAACAGAUGAAAUAGAUGCGCCGGCGUAAACGUAGUUCUUAGGGACCUCGCGUAGCCAAUCUUCAUUUUGAAAUUUCUAGGUUUAACUUGAAUUUAAAGAAAUAUAAAAAAAAACGCUAAUGAUAUAUGACCAAGAUCUCCGAUGGCGCUGUUGUAUGAUAGGUCGAGGCGGUAAAUGUGUAAGAGAAAAUAAUUGGCAUGAUCGCUAGAUCGUCUUGGAGCACGAAGGCAACAAAAACAAGACUCUUGUAGGUAAUUAAAAUAAUUAUAUUAUUAAAAAGUCGAGUUCAAUCUGAUCACGUGUGUGACUGUUCCAUGAGGCAGAAAGUAUAAAUGUUCACUUAUACGAGAAAGAAUAAGAAGAAUCAAGUAAAUCAGAUAUGCGCGUAUAUUAUUAAAAAAUAAAAAAAGAUGGCUGUAGUCAACGGUUUUUUCUCACUCGUAGUACUUACAUUUAAAAAAGAUAACAAAUAAAGUUUAAAACGAUAACUCAAUACGAUUCCUUCAUUUUAUCCCUUCGUCGGUUAAAGAAGUAUGAAAUAAACAAGAAACAAGUCGCAGUCAUACUCGUAAACGCGCGACGGUCUUCAUUUACGGAUUUCGAGAUAUAAUAACAUGAAAAAAAUCGUUCGCGUGCAUUCUACUUUUGUUUCUACUUAUGAUAAAAGAGUUGAUUGACAUAAAGAGAAAUACGUGGCCAAACGUUCGAAGUUAUAAUUAACAAAAGACGACGUUACAAACUAUACAUUCGAGAUAUACGGGAAAUACAAGGAUUAAUCGAUGCGAGGGACUUUGAAAAGACGUAAAAUAAUAAUAAUAAUACUAUAAUAACAAAGAAUCGCAUUAAUAUCCAAACUCGCCAAUUCGUCGAAUCGAUCAUCUGUAGGUCUCCAUUAUGUAUACUCGUAAUCUAACAAACGAAAUGACGCGAACUAUGAUAUAAUUACGUUAUGAUAAAAA